AUGACUUCUUCAACACAACAAUCAGAAACUGUUGCGAAUACGCCAGUAGGGGAUUCAUCUUCUGAUGUUCAGAUGGCAAAUUUAGAAGAAAAUCAAAUUAAUGACAUUGAUGAAGAAUCAAUUGUCAACGACAAUAAAGCCGGUAAACGAAAACGAUCAACAAAAAAGUCAUUAGAACCAACAGAAAAUAUACCCAAUGGACGUCCAAAACGUACAUUAUCGAAACGUGAAGAAAUACCAACAAAUAUGGUUAAUGGUACAACGAAAACAAAUAAAGGUAGAAUUGAACAAACAAGUGCUGAAGUCGAUGAUGAACAAGAACGUGAUAAACUAAUUCCAAUACUUUAUGAUGUUGCUGAUGUUGUUUGGGUUAAAAUGGGUGGACAUCCUUGGUGGCCAAGUCUUGUUAUUCGAGAUCCAAAUGAUUUAAGUGGAUGUUAUACAAAAAUUUCUGGUAUCUAUUAA